UCGUACGAGUUGUAAGAAAGAAAACAAAAAAUCGCACAAAGAUAAUAAUAAUUACGAUAAUAGCGAUCACAACGAUGAUAACAAUCACGGUAUGAAAAGCAAUAAAUCAAAUUAUGAAUAUUCUGGCAUUCUUAGAAGGAAUAGGAAUAUUAGGUUCACCUUAAUUGUACUAUUGCUCGGCGCAACCAUACUAAUCCUUGUAAAGUCUCGAUAUUAUUCUGAUCCUCAUGCGUUGCCGGAAUUAACUGGAUCCUCAGACACAGAAGUUUCUUCAACAGACCGAUUACAAAUAACUUGGCGAAUAAAUCUGAACGAAAAGAUCGAUUCUAGAUCAAGUUUUUAUAAACCAGAACAAUUUACAGAAGACGCUUUAAAAAGGAACAAACUUAUUCCGGUAACAGCGGUUGUGUUGGGGUGGAAACGAAUUAACAGUUUAAAGAUAGUGGUUAAUUAUAUUUCAAAAUAUCCUUAUAUAAAAGAAAUCUUAAUAUGGAAUAAUAAUAAUGAAACAAGGCUUAAUGUUGAGGUAAUUUUGUUACACAUCUAA